GAAUUAAGGUUGCGGUCCCAUAUUGAUGUUCACGAGGUACGUACUACUAUUCACUAUUGGUGCAUCUCCAUCGUUAACAUAAUUGACCAAAUUAACAAGUGCCCCAUGCUAAAGCACGUGAGGUCCAUUACAUUAAAUCCCACUCAACUCAACCCAUUCUAGUUCAAUACUUAUCAUUAUAUUUGUUUAAUUCUAACGCGUAGUGUGAGACCAACCACAUUGUAGAAUAUAGGGAUCAAAAACAGAACCAAAUGAAAACAUAGUAACAAAAGAAAAACAUAGAUUUAUUAGCUAGAUCAAUUUCACACCUCAAAUCAAAGUCAAUCAAUGGCUUCUUCUAGGAAGAGUUUCCUUUCAAGAACAAGUUACAUUUUUCCAGAAACAAAUUUCAAUCAAAAAUCAUCACAAGGAAAAGAAUUGGAGUUUGAUGAAGCUGAUGUAUGGAACAUGUCAUAUUCAAAUUCCAACACAAAUAUAGAGCCAAAAAAGGGUGUACCAGGUUUGAAGAGAGUUUCUAGAAAAAUGGAAGCUAAUAAUAAAGUUAAUCCUUUAGCUUCAUCUUCAUUACCAAUGAAUAUACCAGAUUGGUCAAAGAUUUUGAAGGAAGAAUACAAAAAGAAGAAAGAGAGUAGUGAUGAUGAAGAUGAAGGUGAUUAUGAUGGAGUGGUUCAGUUACCUCCUCAUGAAUAUCUUGCUAGAACUAGAGGAGCUUCUCUUUCUGUUCAUGAAGGGAAAGGAAGGACUUUGAAAGGAAGAGACUUGCGUAGUGUAAGGAAUGCUAUUUGGAAGAAAGUUGGGUUUGAAGAUUGAUUUUGUUUUGUUUAAUUAUUAUGAUCAUUGCAUAAUCAUAAUCAAAGUAAUGAGACUCCUUUCAUUUUGAGUGUCUAAGAGUUUUGUUAACAUUUAAGAUUUGGAUCACUCAUCAUGUUUAUAAUUGUAAUUAACUGUAUUAAACUUUUUUAAUGCAUAAUUAUGUAUGAUCUUCUAUGGUUUUAUGGCCA